UUGAAAUGCUAACGUUACUGCGUGCCUUUUUUUUUUUUUCUUUCAGCGACCUUUGCCUCUCUCACUGGGGCUGUACACAACAGAUGGAUAUCCCGUGACGCCGAGUCACUGGAAAAAACGGCUGAACAGCAUAAAAACUAAAAAAAUUUAGCAGUAAGACAGAAAAAAAGGGAGGACAUUAUUAACGUUCUGACUGUCCCAACAGUCUGAACUAAAACAAAAAAAUAAAUUGUAGCACACACUAUUCUUGGAUCAUGCCAGACGGACUUGUUACAAGCAGGCAAAUUCAAAAUGUUAGCACAGGGAUCGACCUCCUUGUCCCCCUCUACCAGGAGAUCCGAGGAGCUAUGAUGACGGGCCACGUUGAGUACCAGAUCGUGGUUGUCACCCGAUUGGCUGCUUUCAAGUCUGCAAAGCAUAAACAUGGAGAUGUAGUCCAGCUGGUGGUUUCCAAAAAGUUCAGUGAAAUUGAUGAGUUCUACCACCGGCUGGCAGGUCAAUACCCAAAGGUAUCCCUCCCGCCCAUGCCCAGGAAAACCCUGUUUGUGAGCGAGACAGACAUAAGGGAGCGAAGAACAGCCUUUGACGAGAUUGUGAGGUUUAUCGCCAAGGAUCAAACACUUGCUACAAGUUCUGAGUUACUUGAGUUUUUAGGUGCAAAGACUACAGAUGUUGCUGACUUCAAGACGAAAAAUGUACCAGAGGAGAAGGAGGAGGAGGGUGACUUCCGUAAGGAAGAUGUCUUUGCCAGUGAGGAUGCCCUGUGGUUCAGGCCGUCAAGUCCUCCAAAACCAGUAGACGACCAGGAGAUGGAGGAAAGCAUUGAUCCGCUGGGCAUUAUCAGAUCGAAAAAGCCCAAGAAGGAUGCUGUUGCUGCUGCUGCUGCCGAAAAGGUGAAGCCGAAAUUAUCAUUGUUUGAAGAAGAGGUUGAUCCAGAUGAUGACUUGUUUGAACCAGUAAAAAGAUCUGCACCAACAAAAAAUGUCACAGCUGGAAAAGGGAAUGUUUUGAAGUUAUUUGAAGACCCUGACCUUGGCGGGGCAGUGCACUUAGGAGACUCCCUCUUGCUCCCCACGGCCUUCACACGGACAAGUGUGGAUUCCACUACAGGGCUGGAUGAAGACACAGAGGAGCUCUUAAGGGUAGAAGACGACUUUGACAAACUCCUCACUGUGAGCACAAAUGCAAAACCAAAACCUAAGCUGCUGCCUAACCCUAAACCAGCACUGCCAAAGAAGCCAGCGUCUCUCUCAAAGAGCAGUCCCAACCUGGCUUCAGCCCCUCCACACAGACCAGCCCAGACGAAAGCCGAUAACAUGGACGAGAUAGACAUCUUGAAAUACAUCCAACAAAACGAGUCUGUGGGCAGUGACUCACUGGAUUUGUUUUCAUAAGGAUCAGUACUCUAAAUUGUCAUAUGCAAACACAUAGCUUUACAGCUUGUGUUACGAGAGUGUUUUGAUCAGAGUCCUAAACAUAGUUGAACAUAGCAACGGAUUGUGAAACACAAUAUUAUGAAGAUGUAGAGGAUAGCAUGAUGGGGAAGUAGUUGAAUACAGCGUUCAACAGGUGACUGGGACAUCCAGGCAGGCUUGUCAUUCCUUCUGUUUAGCAUCCUUUCCAUUAUGGAGUUAAUACUGUGGUUAUGUAAAAUUUAAAACAGCUCUGAUUGGUGCAAGUAUAAUUUCUUUUUAAUGCUGUGGUGUUUCACAGUAAUGUUCAGAUUCAUUCUAAAAUAGGAUUCCUUGGUUUUUGAAUACGUUCUUACAUUAUUCCUCAUCUCUUAACCUGCUUGCCACUGUUUAACACUGCCAAACAGGCAUCAUCUUCCAGCUGCUCACAGCCAUCAGAGUUUAUGAGUCUAGAAGCUUAGUUAUACUAUAGGAAGCUAAAGAUCCAUUUAUAAAGGUGAUUGUCUGCAUGAUAUUUGUAUUCUGCUGGUAUGGUAUGAUACAUUGACUUUAUGAAGUUCUGUUAAGAUAUUAAGUACAGUUCAAGAAUAUAUACUGUACAUGGACUUGCUGUAACUCUGCUAUAAGGACAAGAAAAAAUUCAUUCAAAUAAGUACUGGAUGUAAUAAACCUAAAAGAAAAGCAACACUGAGUUAGAAGAAUUGAUUAGUGAUUAUUGUAACUCCUGCACACGAAGAAGGCUUUAUUGUCUUCUAUUGCAACCUCUGCUUGGCAGACUGAUACCAGGCUGGCCUCCUCAUGCUGUAGACUCCUCCCAGAUUGAUAGCUCAUCCCAGAUUGACAUUCAGGGCUGCAUCACACAUUGAGUCACCACGAUACAUAUCACUGUACAAACUUCUGUUCUCUGUUUGUAUUACAACUAAAAUUCUGUAUCUGGCCCGGAUCUGCUGAAUUGUACAGCUGUGGCCAAAGAUUUUGCAUCACCUAGAAUUUUAGGAUUGAGACAUAAUUUAAAAAA